GCAGCCCCAGAGCUUGCUUUGGGGUCCAGACUGGCGUCGUCUACUCCCGAGGUCCGCGUGGAACGGGCUCCCGGAGCCCCCCGGCCGGCGCGCGAGGGGCCAGCGGGCUUGGGCGAGCCCGAGGAGGCGCGGGCCUGACCCGGGCCGGGCAGGUCUGUUGAGUCCCUUCCCAGCGCUGCUUGCAAGGCUAGAAACGGAGGAGGAGGAACUGUCCUGAAUCCCUGCAGGUCUGUGCGUCAGUUCCCAGCGCUGCUCUGCAAGGCUAGAAAAGGAGGAAGAUCUGUCCUGAAUCCCUGCAGGACAGGAAAACAAGGAGAAAUCUCACCAUGGAAAACCUCUACAAAGAAAAUGAAGGAAAGCUGGAAAGUGAGACAAAGCCAGAAGUGAAAAUAGAAGCAGAAGAUGAGGACGAGUCAGACGACGAUGAGAUGCCCCACAUCAAGAGGAAUCCAGAGCAUCGGAAGCGCAAGAUUGUGGAACUGGUAGAUGAUGAGGGAGAGUCGGAAGAAGAGGGCAAGCAGGGAAUGCAGGGCAAGUCCAAGGAUGAGGGAAACCCACUCAGUGAGGAAGAGCCAGACUUCCCGGGAAAGCCAGGGAGCGAGCCACGGGCUGCUGAGAAGCGCCCUGCCGAAGAUCACGUGCCCCGGAAAGCAAAACGAAAAUCUGACAAGGGGAAAGAGUAUUCCCCUAGAGACUGUCAGGAGAACUUACAGGAGAGGCACUUGGGCAGUGAGGAGAUGAGAGAAUGUGGAGACUUGGCAAGAGCUCAGGAAGAGCUAAGGAAAAAGCAGAAAGUAGGUGGCUUUCAUUGGACGCAGAGAGAUGUGCAGGACCAGCUUGCUCAAAGGGGCCAAAGAGGUGUCAGGGGAGCGAGGGGUGGAGGUAAGGGCCAGAAGGGAUUACAUGAUAUCCCUUAUCAUUAAUGCCUUUUGUCUGGAAUUCGGAGUUCUCUGACGAGAAUAUUGCAGACCCUGCUUUUCCUGGCAGUCGUUUGCCGGGCUUUGUGCUUUAACCUUAUGCCAAUACUUUGCUUUAGGUGUCACUCUUGUUACCAGCAGCCUUUUGACCCAGCUAGAGUGUUCUAUCAGUAGGGUAUAUUCACCCAGAUGCAUGAAACAGAUGUUAUUGUACAUUGUUAAGUAACAAUAAAGAAAAUUCAGUUUUCAGAACUGCAUUAGAGCAUCAGUCUAUUCUUAUAAAAUAUGAAUAUUUUGAAUAACUCAAUUGUGCAUGGAGAAAACUCUGGAAAUGAGUCUGAUUUUUGUGAUGGUUAGGAACUUCCAUGUCAUUCUUCUGAUGUCCAUCCUUAGGCUUUCUCUUGUUGUAGCCAUUGUCAUCGGGCACUGCUGACCCCUCUCAGAGGUCCUGUACUAUCCUGUGGCUAUUACAACAUGUGAUUGUUUUGCACACUCUUAUUCAUUUUUCCCCGAAAGAUAUGAAUUAUGUUUGUCAUAAUAAAAAUGACCAAAACCUGUAAACAGUAUAUGACAAAUAAACUGCUUAAUUAUUUGUAAGAGUAAUGAAGGCACCUUCAAAACUCCUGUUGCUGGAAUGUACAAUAGUAAGUGAAACUCAAAUUACUUCUGGGACUCAGAGCUAGAGGAAUACUUUCUGUAGUUAAAACACUAAAGGCUAUCUUUGAAAUGAGUGUUUUACCUGCUUUAUGAGACUGCUGACUGUAUCAGAAAAGGUACUGAAUAUGUGAGCUGUGUUGUGAAGCUGGGUGUCACAUUAUAAUUGUUUCCUACACAUAGCUGCAUGGAAGCAGACACUUGGAAGAGAAUAAAGGGAAAUCUUAACCUGG